GUGCCGUUAGAGAGACCGAGAUCAUGAACUCGCUCUCGCAGGAGAUCGAGGGAUUCUCCGCGGCGCGUUUGAGGAAGCAGAGCACGCGCGUCACGACCGUGACGGGCGAGAAACUCGUCGAGACGCGACGCGGCGAUGAUUUCCACGUCACGCGCGAUACGGAGCGCGAGAGUGACGCGGCGUGCGGGUUCGUGCAGGACUUGAACCUGGACCUUCAAGUGGGCAUCAUAAGACCCUUCCUCCUGCUCUCCUCCCAGGAUGCAGCUCAUGACAUAAAAACUUUGAAAAAGUUAAAGGUGACUCAUGUGCUGAAUGUGGCGUAUGGGGUUCAGAACGUGUUUCCUGAUCUCUUCACAUAUAAGACUAUUACCAUGAUGGAUAUUCCCGAGACAGACAUUACCUCACACUUCCCUGAAUGUUUUCAGUUCAUAAAGGAAGCCAGUCAGCAGGAUGGAGUGGUGCUGGUCCACUGUAAUGCUGGAGUGUCUCGCUCUGCUUCUGUCGUCAUCGGGUUCCUCAUGUCCCAGGAGAAGAUGUCGUUUGAUGAAGCCUUCAGCGCUGUGAAAACUGCCCGGCCUUCCAUACAGCCAAACCCAGGCUUUAUGAAUCAGCUGAAGAAAUAUAAUCCAUAAUGCCAUACAAACAUUGGGACUGAUCUGAUGUUUCUGUAAACCCAAUUCUUCUGUAUAUAUAUAUUUUUUUUUAAAUGUUU